AUGAUCGCCUCUGAGUUCCGAGACUACUACCAACUUCGCUCUUUCCCCUCUUCAGUCGGGAGCUUAAUCGUUGCGAUUUCUCGACUUGCGCCCUCCCAAUUUCAGAGUUCAACUGGAGUCUUAACGCCUGCUCAGCUUGCCAGUUGGGACAGCUUUCAUAUGCCUUCUUGCGACCUGAAGAGCUCUCCCCCGCUUAACUACCUUCGCGAAGUUCUCCCUUCCUCAGACUUUCAACCUCACGUUUGGAUGCCCGAGUACCGACGAGUCUUCAAAGAAGAACCGAUCCGCAAGCGCAACCGCUCCGGCAAGAAAAACAAGGCUCGAAGCCCUUCUGCCAGUUCCGAAAUUGAGGUCGAGGAGGUGCUUCCCCCUGCCAAAAAGGCGAAGCGUACCCGAUCCUCGAAGAACAUCAAAGUUACUACUACCGAGCCAGAGUCGGUGACUGAGGCUGAAGCAGCGGCUGAUCCUCGCGCCAACGAGGAAGAGACCAAAGAUGAUGAUUCUGGAGAGUCCGAAGUCGAUCAACUUCGCUCAUCUCCGCCAGCCCCUGUGGCUCGCUUGAAGCGAGGUCGUCCAAAAGGUUCCGUCAACAAGCGCAAGCUUGAAGUCGUGGUCCCAAGUCGGCCAAAGCCCUGGCCCAUUCCUAAGCCUGUCAUUGCCAAAACUCCUCGCGAAGUCAGCGAAAAGGUCUCUGCAACCCCGAUUCCGACAGUGGAAGGCCGUCCAACGACUAGAAGUGCCGUGUCUGGUCCUUCGAAAGUCAGUGUGGUUCCGGCUAAGACACCUGCUGCCGACAAAGGUAAAGGUCGUGCUGUCUCUGCAAGCCCUCCUCCUGUCAAAAAGCCUGUACGAGGUCGCCGGACUGACAUGGAAUCGCAAGCCGUCAAACACCCUUUAGCAAGAGCUGCUGUUGAAAUCCCCUAUCGAUUCGACGUCGAACUUGGCGAGGCUUAUUCAGUUCGCGAGGUCUUGGAAAGUGGGCGCACCAUGUCUGCAGAACACCGCGUGCCUUGUCUGACUUGCGUCCUCUCAAACACGGAAUGCAACUAUCUAGGCAAAUCCGAGAAGUGCGAGCGGUGCAAGACCCAUCGCCACCUCUGCAACUGGAUUUUGCCUCAAGAGCAAGCCUUCGCGCAGAUGGACCGCGUCCGCGAAUGGGGUGGACCCACUCCUGCACACUUUCACGAAUGA